AUGCCUGUGGUUUCAGGCAGCGAACGGAACGGGAUAAGGAUCACCGGUCGGAUGCCGCGCAAGAAGGCUGCAGACCGCGUGGGUCCGGUCAAGACCCGAAGUCGUGGCGGCUGUAAGGAAUGCCGCGCGAGUCGAGUUCGCUGCGACACGAAGAAGCCAACAUGCACUCGGUGCUUGGAGAAAGGCUUGGUCUGUACAACUCAACUAGUGCUCAAGUGGGAAUCCGAAUUUGUGAGCCGUGGCCUUGCCUUUGGCCGAGCCGGCGUCUGGAGUAAGGCCCGCGCUACCGGUGGGCCUUUCCCAAAGCCGUCGCCCGGGGCAUCGCCCUCUAUCUUCAUCGACGAUCAGGAGUGGUGCCCUGUCCCGCUUAUAGAAUCGUGGGGCUUUGUCAAUAGCGGGGUCGCGACAUUUGAUCAGCCGUACGAAGUCGACGUUGGAUGCGACGAGUUGAACGCCCUGGUCGUUCGCGACAAGAGCUAUCACUACUUUCCACGCUAUGUCGGUGAAACCAGCCUCGAUUCGCCGCUUUCAGGGAGCAUGCUGGAGUCUGUCCGAUUGACUCCCUCGUUAUCGUUGUUUCCUCCCAUGUCUGCAUCCGAGGACCGAUUUCUCUUUGACUACUAUCUUCAACAGGUGUGUCCUCGGACCACCGCAAGCUCCAGACUCUCAUCGCCCUUUGCGUCGAUCAUUCUGCCUUUCUGCAUGUCCGCCUCUCCGCUCAUAUUUACCGCGAUACAAGCCCUUGGGGCCUGCCACUGGUCGCGCUUUGAUUCUAUGUACAGUGUCAUCGGGCUUCGGCUUAAAGCACAAGCAUUGCGGGGCCUGCGUCACCGGCUUGCAGCGGAAGGUCCCGUAAUAUGCUCCGAGGACCCUGAGGUGCUAGCCAUUAUGAUGAUGUUGUGUCUCUAUGAGAUCGUCGACAACUGCGAUCAACGCUGGACUAUUCAUCUCAAGGGGGCGAAAGAUCUGAUUCGUCUACGCAGGCAGCGACAGAACUCUUCCCUGGCGAAAUCCCGUGAUGCCCUCGACCCUGUGUCUGCCUUUGCGGAGCUGUUUUUUGCUUUCCAGGAUGUCAUGGGCCGCACCGCGUGCGGGGAGGAAGUGAGUUUUGGGACGGAUUAUUGGCACGAAAACGAACGGAACAUCGAUCUUUGGAUGGGAUGUAGUCCUGAGUUGGUUUCUAUUCUGUCUUCGAUCACCGAAAUGAGCCGCACAAGACGAAGUUUGACCACCCAUGCAGCCCGGGCAUGCUUCUCGCAAAGGGCAGCAGCUUUAGUGCGCAAGCUCGAGAACCUUGUGCAAGAAGUCGAGGAUGACGACGACAGCAACCUGGCAUCGGCUGCUGAGCUGAAGCGUCUUGCCGCCGUGUUAUAUCUACAUUGCGCCUUAUAUGGGGCGUCUCCAUCCACGCCAUUGGUGGUGGGCUACGUUCGGAAGAUCUUACGGCUCGUAUCGGAUCUACUCGACUCGGGCUCGCUGGUGAGCAUGACCUGGCCUGUGUUCGUGGCUGCAGUUGAAUUGGAUCCAGGCCAAGAUGAGGUUUGGAGAGACAACCGUGGUGAGGCAGUGGUCCACGGACGACCCUUGGUCUUGCGGGCGUUGGCCGCGAUGGCGGAGUCUAGCGUUUCCAAUGUUGCCCGGACUCGAGCGGUCAUUGUCAAGGUCUGGCAGGCACGAGACAGCGAUAUGGUCAAAGGCUCGCCUGUAGAUGCCUCGGACGACCUUCAAGGUUGCAACGACUGGGAGUGGUAUGUGGCACCGAUUAGCAAUGCGAUGAGCUUGGCAUGAUGCGUGAUGGGGGCUGUCCUCCCAUACUUGGAUAUAAUGGGCAUGAUCUUGGAGGAGUUACUUUGUAGGAUAGUCUUGGGUUUUUCUUUCAUUGACAGGUGUUUUGAGGAUGGAUAAUUUCAGUGUAUAUAGUAUAUAUACCUACUUAGUAGUUACGAGUUGAAUUAGUACCUAGUUAAUCC